AGCGGUAUUAUUAUUACGCGACAGGCAAUCGGUGCGACAACAACAGCAAACUAAGCAACGCAUCGCAUCGCAGGCGCAACAACAAACUACAUAUUACAACAUAUUUACUCGGCGAACGAAGGGGGAGGGGCAGGAUAUUUUCCGCCCAGCCCGCCAGCCACCCCCAAAAGUGGGUGGCGGAAAAAUCGUCGUAGGAUCCGCUCCUCCGCGGCCAUUCAUUCAGUCACGAAAUCUCAUUCGGUGUGUGAGUGUUGAUGAAGUUAGUUGUGAAACGCGGCUCGUCCUGGAUAAAUCUAAAACCUGAAAAGUGCAUCGGGCAGUUAAAUUGGGGAAACCAGUGAAUCUACUUAGUUUCCUGCUUCAAGAAAAACAAAUAUAUCUAAAAGUGUGCCCCGUGAAAAGAGGCAGAAAGUGUUGAAAACUUCGGGGCUGGCUGCAAAAAUCUCCGCUAACAUGUUGUUCUCGGCGAGUGGACGUGGAGGCAACAGCAAGCGCAGCAGCCUCCGCCCCCUGAACGCAGCCGCAGCAGCAGCAGCAGCCCGCCCGCUAGCCAAGGCCGACGGCAACGUGAAGCACCUGCAAUGGCCACACUAAUACCAGUGAACGGCGGCCAUCCAGCAGCGAGCGGACAGUCCUCCAAUGUGGAGGCGACAUACGAAGAUAUGUUCAAGGAAAUCACACGCAAAUUGUACGGCGAGGAGACCGGAAACGGUUUGCACACGCUCGGCACGCCGGUGGCGCAGGUGGCCACCAGCGGGCCAACAGCGGUGCCCGAGGGCGAGCAGCGCUCCUUCACGAACCUGCAACAACUCGAUCGCUCGGCAGCGCCCAGCAUUGAGUACGAGUCCAGUGCGGCAGGCGGUGCCCCGGGCAACAACGUGGCCACCACCCAGGCCAAUGUAAUCCAGCAGCAGCAGCAACAGCAGCAGCAGGCGGAGUCGGGCAACUCCGUGGUGGUGACGGCCAGCAGUGGGGCGACUGUGGUGCCGGCACCCAGUGUGGCGGCCGUCGGUGGCUUCAAGUCCGAGGACCAUCUGAGCACGGCCUUCGGGCUGGCGGCCCUAAUGCAGAACGGCUUUGCUGCUGGCCAGGCGGGUCUCCUGAAGGCCGGCGAGCAGCAGCAGCGCUGGGCGCAGGACGGAUCUGGUCUGGUGGCCGCCGCAGCCGCUGAGCCCCAGCUCGUGCAGUGGACCUCGGGCGGAAAGCUCCAGAGCUACGCUCACGUCAACCAGCAGCAGCAGCAGCAACAGCAGCCGCAUCAGAGCACACCCAAGUCCAAAAAACACCGUCAGGAGCAUGCGGCUGAGCUGAUCUACGCCAGCCCCUCCACUUCGGCCAACGCGGCCCAGAACCUGGCCCAAUCCACACCCACCUCAGCGCCCAGCAACAGCAGUGGCGGCAGCACGAGCUCCUCCGGCGGCGGAGGAGGCGGUCGCAAGAAGGCCGCCCAAGCGGCAGCGGCCGCCGCCGCCGCGAACGGAGUGCACAUCCAGAAGCGGUACGCCUGCACCCACUGUCCGUACUCCACGGACAGGAGGGACCUGUACACCCGGCACGAGAACAUCCACAAGGACGAGAAGCCCUUCCAGUGCUACGCCUGCCUGAAGCAGUUCAACCGAGCCGACCAUGUCAAGAAGCACUUCCUGCGCAUGCACCGCGAGCUGCAGUACGACAUCAACAAGACCCGGCGACACGUCUCGGCGGGCAGCGGCUCCUCGGGCAGCGGCUCCUCGGGCGGCGGUUCCCACCAUUCGGGCGGUCGUGGCAACGUGACCAUCAACUCGGCCGGCGUGAACAUCGACAACGCCUUCCUGGAGGCCCAACGACAUCCCACCUCGACCAGCAUGAGCAUCGUGGAGACCAUCGAGGCGGUGGCCUCGGCCACGGACAUGCCGCUGUCGCAGCUCAAGCAGGAGAAGCUCGACGACGGCGGCGGCGUGGUGCUGCCCCUGCACGUGGGCGUGAUGCAGCAGCCGGUGGCCAGCUCCAGUUCCGGCAGCAGUGGCAGCCACGCCGGCAACGGCAACGGCGGCAGCGGAUCCGGCCUGCUGAAACCGAAGCGCGAGAAGCGCUUCACCUGCUGCUACUGCCCGUGGUCCGGGGCGGACAAGUGGGGCCUCAAGCGGCACCUCAACACGCACACAAAGCCCUUCGUCUGUCUGCUCUGCGACUACAAGGCGGCGCGCUCCGAGCGCCUGGCCACGCACGUGCUCAAGGUGCACAACAAGCGGGCCUGCAGCAAGUGCUCCUACCUGGCGGACACGCAGGAGGAGUACCAGGCUCACAUGAGCGAUGUGCAUCCGCACGAUAACCGGCCGGCGCGCAGCGGCAACGGCAACCAGAGCGGCGGCAGCAGCAGCGGCAACAGCAACGGCAACGGCAGCGGCGGCAAUGGCGGCAGCAGCGCCAACGCCAAUGCCAAUGCCGGGGGCCACAGCCACAGCCAGAACCUCAAUGUGCUGCGAACCAUUGGCAACAGCCUGGUGGCCAACAACCAGCUGAACACCUAUGCCGGCAACGCUUUUGGCUCGUCCAGUGGCAAUGUGGGGAAUGCGAACGGAGGCGGCGGUGCCGUGACCAUCUACACCACCACCACCAACGAGGGCGUGGCCGGUGCUGGCGGCGGCGGAGGCGGUGGUGGCGGCGGCGGCGGCGGCGGCCUGAGCGGCAACAUCUCCGGCGGCGGACCGCUCCAGGAGAUCAUCGUGAACCCCUCGUCGAUGGUCGGCUGGCGGCUGAGCGCCAACGGAUCGCUGAUCCCGCCGCACGAUCUGCUCACCGGCGGAUUGCCCAACGCAGCCACGCAAAAGCGCGGCUCGGAGCGACUGUUCCAGUACCUCGAGGCCGAGGGCAGCGAUCCGGAGGACUAUGCGCGUCUGCUGAAAAUGGACGCCAUUAGUCGCAACACCGCUUCGGUCGCUCAGGAUUUUCAUAAGGCGGGAGGCGUGCACGAGUUGAAAAUACCAGCCAAUCAUCAACUCCUGUUUAACAAUAAACUGCCUUCGCAAUGGACGACACGAGAGGCUGCUGCACUACUGUACAGCCUAAGCAGCAUGAGUGGCGGACCCGCCGGCUCCGCUUCCGUUUCCGGUUCCCAGCGCCAAAAGUUCGGCAUUCGGGCGCGACAACAUUCCACCGGCGAGGACGACGAGAACACCCCGUCGUCGGCCUCCUCGUCGAGCUUCUCGGGCGAUGAGUUCAACAUGAGCGCCACAUCGCCGCUGAAGCUGUCGCGUCACGCAGUCAAGCUGGAGAAGAUGGAGGAGAUGGAGAUGGACGGCAAGGACCUGGUUCCCACCAAGGCGAUGAUGGCAACGGCAUUUCUGGAGGCGGCCAGCUUCGAGCAGACGGCCAUCGAGCUGCUGGCCAGCAAGCGGAAGAUCAAGGUCGAGCACGACAACGACAACGACGAGGACCAAGAGAACCAGCAGCAGCAGCAUCAGCCACAUCAGCAACAUCACAGCCAGCAGCAGCAGCAACAGCAGCGAUUGCAGCUUAUUAAAUCGUCUCCCGCGUACAAAUUGAAUAACAACAACAACAACAAUAACAACAAUAGCAACAGCAAUAACAACAACAACAACUACUACAAGGACAAGUCAUCGCACAGAAAUGCCGUUCACCAUCAUCGCCAGGAUGACAAGGAGAACAACAAGAUCAAGUCGCCAGGAGCAGCAGCAGCAGCGGCAGCAGCAGCAUGUGUUGCAGCUGCGGCAGCAACAUCUCCGCCCAGUGGCAGCGGCAACAGCAACCAGACACCGUUUCUCACCCAAAUGGAGUACCAGAAUCUCAACCGCAUCGGUACCCAGUUCCAGAACUACGUCAAGGACAUCAUCAACAAGUAUUAUGCGGCGGAGACGCCUCUGAUGUUGGCCGCUGCUGCGGCAGCGUUGCCAACGGCCACGACCACGGGUCAGCAGCAGCAGCAGCAUCCGGAACUGGACAUUGAGAACAUGUCGCCGAGCAAGCGGCGUCGUCUGCUCAGCGAAACGGAGGAGUACAUCGAGUAUCUGCGCAACAAAGAGGACAUUACUCUGACCAUUGCCCCCAAGGUGCAGCAACCGCCGCCGGCGACAUCGCUGCUGAAGCGCCAGUUGGAUCUCAGCGUACCGCGACGGAGUCCCAAAAAGGCGGCUCCGGCUCACAGCAACAGCGCAGCAAAUGCCUCGCGCAAAUCCCUCAACCAGCUGGCCACCCUGCUGCCUCUUCUGGCGGACGCGGCCAGCCAGCAGGAGUAUCUGGCUGCUCCGCUGGACUUCAGCAAGAAGUCCAGCUCGCGGAAGCAGGCGCAGCCCAAGAAGAUCCGCUUGACGCCCGAGGCGGUGGUCACCUUGCUAAGGGACAAGUACCUCAAUCGCAUGGUGCGGCAGCGCCUGGGCUGCCUCAAGUGCAACCAGGGGCGGAAGAACCUCUCCAUCAGCUUCAACUACCACACGCUGGGAUCGCUGGCCCUCCACAAGUACUGGCGACAUGGCCAGAAGGGAGCCGCCUCCCUAAACGGAAAACUUAAGCUGCAGGCAGCUCUGCAGAAGAGGAUUCGCCGCGGACAGGCGGAGAAAUGCUGAAGUGGCCGUGUAGUUUCGGUUUUAUUUUAUUCGCUUAAGAUUAGAAAAUGUUUGCUUGCCAUAUAUGGAAUGCAUUAGGCAUUUGACAUUGAAAAUCGUUUAAAAAAUUGCAUUUAAUUUUUUAAAUUUUAAGUUGUGAUGUACCUGAAAUAUGAUUUCUCUUAAACAAACAAAAAUACUUAAAAACAUAACAAACACAAUUCAUGCAAACGGUCUCGAAAGCGCUUUUGCAGCCGAUUGCAAGUGAAUUUCAUUAUCUUAGUUGUACAAUUGAGCUAUCUCACAAACACACCACCCCAAACACACUACUCACAAUGAACAUUUACACACGGAUAUUUAACUAUUUAGUAAUUACCUGGAAUGAGCAUUUAUCAAAUGUGUCCCGGCCCCUGAUUUCCUCCAAUUGUAUUUGUAUUCGAUUGAAUGAAAUGUGAAGUAAAAGCUUUAAUUUGCCAUUUACAAAGCUUCAGUUUAGUUACGUUACGAGUAAUGAUUGCCAUCUUUUACACCUAGCAUUUAGUCGUCUAGUUACCUUAGUUUAUGGAUUAAUUUAUGAACUGCAAACGCAAACCUCAUCGAACCCUUUGCCUUACUUAUCAUUUAAGCUUUAACGUGGAUAUAAAUUUAGUUUUAGUUGAUUUAGUUACUCCGCGGAGCAGCAGUCACGCCCACAAUGCCCACAAAAACAAAACAAGAACCAUUCUCACGCAAAACGUUUUAAAUAUGGAAAAACAAACGUCUAUAAAUAUUAACAAAGCAAAAUGAACAAAAACUAUAUUACUGUACGUGUAGAUGUAUUCAUGAUUUUAUCAUAAUGGAAAGUCGGCGAGAAGAACAAGAAGGAAACACAAGAACAACUUACAAAAUACUCAAAGAACAUGGAUAGAAUACAACUUUUUACCACACUGAACAAGAAAUAUUUGACUGAAAAGUGUCGGGGGAAGAUAUGGUAUAUAUGAAUAAAGGUAUAACAAUUUUAGUGUAAAAUGUGUGUUUUUGCUAAAUGUGGUAAACUAAAAACAAACGUAAAUUUAUUACACAAAACUAAACUAAAGCGUAAACGAAGAGAAAAUUCUUAAGUAAAGUAAAUUUUUGGAUGACAAGCCAUUUAGACAAAAUUUUUGAGACGAAAAAAGACAUUUAUAAGAAAGGAAACAAAAAAGAACAAACCGAAUUACUUUAAAUUUUAUUUAAGCAAUGAACUUGCAAAUAAAUAAAAGGUAUAAUUACAAUAACUGUAAUGUGAGUGUUUUUAGUUUAAAAUUAUAUAUUUCCAAAACAUUCAAAAUAAAACAUAAUUAGUUUAAAAUAUAAA